UCUCCGGAUAUCUGCAUGCCGGGUGCCGCGUCUGCCUGCAAGCACUCGGUUGACGCCCAGAUUCAGGACCUGGUCACACCCAUACAUGUCACAGAGAAGGAGGUACAGCAGUGGUAUAAGGGCUUCAUCAAGGACUGUCCCAGUGGACAGCUGGAUGCCGCCGGCUUCCAAAAGAUCUACAAGCAGUUCUUCCCCUUCGGCGAUCCCACUAAGUUUGCCACCUUUGUCUUCAACGUCUUUGACGAGAACAAGGACGGACGCAUCGAGUUCUCCGAGUUCAUCCAGGCGCUUUCCGUCACCUCGCGGGGCACCCUGGACGAGAAGCUCCGCUGGGCCUUUAAGCUGUAUGAUCUCGACAAUGACGGCUACAUAACUCGGGACGAGAUGCUCAACAUCGUGGACGCUAUUUACCAGAUGGUGGGAAACACCGUUGAGCUGCCGGAGGAGGAAAACACCCCGGAGAAACGUGUCGACCGCAUCUUCGCCAUGAUGGACAAGAACGCCGACGGGAAGCUGACGCUGCAGGAAUUUCAGGAGGGCUCCAAGGCAGACCCCUCCAUCGUUCAGGCGCUGUCGCUGUACGACGGCCUGGUAUAGGGGCCUGGAGCGUGUGACAGGGUAUGCAGAAGUGUCUCACCUAGAACCGCCACCCACCUACUCACAAGAAGCUACUCAUCACUCUGCCCCUGCAAGGAGCUGGGAGAGAUCGGGGUUGGGGCGGGGGGGGGGAGACACGCACCCUGAUGAGAGUCGGGGGCAGGGCUCCUUUCGUCACUUUGUCCCCCUCCAUCGUCACCUUAAAAAAAAACUUGUAACUGACUACACCCCCUAAUGAUGGCGAGGGGAGAGGGGGACAGGAGCGUUACUCCGAAGAGGACAAAACUGACACGAGGAACUUGGUUUGCAGCUGUGAAAUUGAGGUGCGAGGCUAGAGUGGGGGGGGGGGGCACUGGUUUUGAAUGCUUGGGGGGUAAACUGCAGAGUUAUGCAUGAGCACCUGAUCAAGGAGCAGCGAAGGCAGCGCAGGGAGCUCCAUCCGACACGACUCGCCCCCGAAUCUCCGCUGGCUGCUGCCUUGUGUCGCAUCCACGUGGAAAUGUCCAUUUUAACUUAUUCCAUUUUUUUAUUUUAAUCAAAUGCAGUGUGUCAAAUGUUUGUUAAAGUGAUCUCCUUCCCAGGUGGCUGCAAACAGAAAAACAAAACUGGUCCCAUCUUAGAGAACUGGAAAGGGGCGGAGCUUGUGUGUGCAUCAUGUCCUUUGUCAUGUGUGUCCUCAUUUGGUAUUCUGUGUGUGUUACUCGUUCGGUCCUCGUAUGACCAGCUCCCACCACUGGAACCCAAUAGAGCACCUUCCGGAAAAUUCUGCUUCAAUAGGCCUCAAAUAAAAGCCGCCCGCUUCAAAGCAACUGCGCUGCAUGUCCUCUGUGUGCAUUACGUGAGCACCGAUUCCACCUGGCUGUCAGUGUUUCUGUCCCCUGUAUUUGUUGUUUUUUUCCCGCGACCCGCAGUCUGUGGCGUGAAUGUGAAUUCUGCCUCUUGCUUGUGACUUCCUCCUUUCUCAUUCUGGAUGUGGCAGACACAAGGGCAACUGGCCUGUCCGUUCGCGUCGUUCCCGUGGUGAAGAGUGUUUUGCCCAUGAAUUUGUUUCCCUUCCCCUGUCUGAUCACAAAGCGCACCACAGAAAUAUGGUGCUUCCUGUAGACUUGCUUACCUCAGUCUUUCUGAAGUCUAACUAUCUUUAUAACUGUUAAUCUUACCUGGAAACCCAGAGGGGGGCAGGACAAGACCUAAAUCAAGAGAUAGGGAAAGGCAGUGAAAAGGCAUUCCUCUCUGUGAAGACAAGCUGUAAAAGGAGCGUUUCUAGAUCCCUAAUCAGAUUCCCAGGUUGAUAAUUACUCUCAUUACUCUGAUCAGCAAAAUUAAAAUUUUAAGCCUUUAUGGCCUGAAAUUUCCUUAAUGAUAUUAGACUUGUGUUAUGCUUUGAGGAAAAGCUCCAUAAAGCCUGCACAUCCACAAUCCUCUUACUUCCAGGGCACCAAAACCAUUAAUGAAUGUAUUUUAAAUAUUCUGAACUGCCACUGACAAUAGCAUCAGAACCUCUAUGAAGCAUUUUAAGCUCUGUGUUCCUGCAUUAUUUUCACCCGAGAUGUAAUCUUUAUCUUCAUGCAAGUCCCAGUUCUGGAUAAAGAGAGUCUGAUUAAACACACAAAGAAGCUGUCGUCUUCUCUGUGUUAGGUGAAUACAUUUGUCUAAAAAAAAAAGGUAUGUGACCCAUCAUUGGUGGAUUUAGUUUUCACAGCGAUGACCUCAGCCACAUGUUUCCUAUACCUGCUUGUCAGUCACAUGUGUCAGCGUGGAGGUUUUGGGAGUUUUUGGACCUUUCCAUCUGGCAGAAUGCAAGGUAGCUUGUGUUGCUACCUUUGGAUCAUACCAUGACAUUUCGGGUGGGGGGGUGGGGUGCUCACAUCUGGAUGUGGCGCCUCGGCCCUUACGCUAUCGAUUUGCUUGUGUGUGUUGUCGUUUGUCACAUCACCUGGUUUCGGUUUGAGCUUCAGCCCUUAUUCCCUGACCUCCUCCUGGUGGUAUGGUCUAGAGACCACUGUUCCCUCAAUGAUUACAAGCUUUCCAGGUCCUCAGGCUACAGAUCAGCAGCACACAGCGGUGCACUGACCGUCACGCUUUGUUCUUCAUGAUUGGGAUGAGGUCUUGUUUGUGGAAUGUACUGUUAUUGUUUUUUCCAAACAUGUUUCUCAUUCAGGCCAAAAUGUUCAUAUUCUAUCUGCCCACAGAACCUUUGGCCAGUAUACUUAUAGAUCAUCCAUGUAGUAUUAAGCAAAAUGUGAAAUGUGUGUGGGUUUUUUGGAGAGAUGUCCAGCAGACCACUCUCACGGAAGGCGGAUUCGUGAAACUGACACUAGCCAGUGCUAGAGUGGCUGGCCAGUGUCUAGCUCUCUGCCUGGGGUUCUAUCUGACCUUCAGGAGUGUUAUCCAUCCUGCUGUGCGAGCGAUAUUUGUUGGUAUACCACACCCAAGAAGAGCGAAAGUGGUAUUGCAUUUUCUCCGUUUGUACACUAGCUGCCUGUCCGAGGAUCGAUGGAGCUCUUUAGAAAGCUUCAGAAGUGCUUUUAUGACCGUUUCAAGUCUUACAGGAUUCUGAGCUUGUUUAGAACUGACUCGCACUCACAAGCCUUUGCUGUGAAGUGCUGUUUGAAGGUGACAACCAAAGACUGUGCUUUUUAAAAAUUUUCUGUAAAGGCUUCCUCAGUCUCAGACCUGAUCAUUAUCUCAGUGAUCGGCAGAGGUGGAAAGUUCAAGUCCAGAAUGUUCAAAUCCCAAACCAAGACUUCAAGAAUGUUCUAACCAAUCAGCUGCGCAUAAAGAAUCACAGGGCUCUAUUUAGACCAUCAAGCGCAAAGCGGAACUAACAGUUAUGGGCGUGUCCAAAUCCAUUUCGCUAUUUUAACGGCAUAAAAACGGUACUACGCACCAGCGCAAGGCGUGAGAGGGUUGUCCUAACUCUCUUUACUUGGUAUGUUUUUGGUGUAACAUGCAAUAAACCAAUCGGGAUAGCACGUCACCUCACCUUUAAAAUGUAGCGGCGCAUGAUCUACUUUGGAUUGCUAUUACAAUGUCCCGUUUGCCCGGAAGCUGGGGCAGCAGGCGUGAGGUGAAGUAGCAGACAGUCCGUCCUCGCUUCCUGGCACAUUGGAUCCCCGCUUAGUGCCAAAAGCAGUAUAAUGAUAUCAUAAGGCGUGGAGGCUCGCUGCUGAACGACAACAGCGGCUGGGAACGGGGAUUUAAUUAUGCUUGUAUGUUUUAUUUAAAAUGUGGGUCUUUAGUUUGCAAAAUAUAAAUAAAAGUGUGAUAUUUGUUAAAACACCGCAAUUCAGCUCUUCUGCCAGCUGAUGUACACCUCUUUUGUAGGCAUCGGCGCAUGCAGUUCAGCAUCACGCCUUCUAACAUCCCGCAAUGCAGUGUUUCCCAACCCAGUCCUCGGGGAACCCUGGACAGUCUACGUUUUUGCUUAUCAGCUCACAGCGCACCUGUGCCAGGUAUUCGGUCUUCCUGAUUGGCUAGAAGCUGGGAGGGAGCAAAAACGUGGACUGUCCCCGGUUCCCCAAAGACUGGGUUGGGAAACACUGCUCUAAUGCGACCUUCUGAGGGCUGUGUUGUAAUCUUCCACCUGAUUUAUCUAAAUAUAUGAAAUCGGUAAUCUAAAUUUCCUUUCAGUUACAGUACGUGCUUAAUUCUGAUAAUGAACUCGGAAGGUUUUUUAAUGAUACGGUUUUUUGUACUAUAUUAUUUUUCUUUUGGUGUUUUAUUGAACAGUACGAUUACGUGAAAGGGCCAGUUGUACUCCAUAUAUAAUAAAACUUAUAUAACUGAAAUAAAAUAAAUUAGUAGCCUACACGUAAAGCGCAUAUCUGUGUCAAUAACGAUCGAGCGUCAUGCACCCGCACGUUUCUACAGUAUAACGCGCCACAUAUAUACCAGUUAACAAUGCACCACUUACUUUAGACGUGGGUUUUUUAUCGAAAGCGCUGGUACUUUCUGUACCUGAACUUUCCACCUCUGGUGAUCAGCAUUUCAGACUGAAAUUUCUCUUAAUAAAGGUAUAUCCUAGAA